AUGACUCAGUUGUCGUCGCUUGUUUCAACGGCUUUGAAGUACAAAAGCUUCUUGGCACCUUUGGCGUGCCUUAGCCGUCGUGGAGUGAGUGGCCCCCUGUCGCCCGUCCUUAUUCGCCGCGAGGCUGCAUUGCCGUCUUUGUCACCUGUGUCGAAGUGUUUCGUCCCCGCCGCCCUCCUCUCGUACGUCCCUCCCCUGACAGGGGAAGGGGCGCCGCACGUCCCUGCCGCUUCACCUUGGGCGGAGGCGUCGGCUGGGAUCGUCGGCGUGCGCACACAUCCUCACUGGCGGCGGCCGUGGCGGAGGCAGCAACUCGCGUUUGCAGUGAGGUGUGACAGUGUGGCUCUGCAGCACCAGCGCCGGGGCAUAGCAACAGGCGACGGCUGCGUGGCCGACGGCGCAUGCCCUACGGCUUCAACGCUGGCUGAGUCACCCGGGAAGCAAGUGGAGCAGGAUAGGGCAAAGCAGGAGGGGAGACGUGAGAGGCCGCGUCUAAUAUGUCUGGCUUGGCGCUCCAUGAGGCCGGCUAGCGGCGCGGCGUGCAACGAUAACAGUGGAAGACUGCGACCGUGCAGUGGCACCGCUGACUUAGUCGGCGCCUCAGGCGGAGGUCGUCCCCCGCCCUCUUUCACGACUCGGUUAGGCUCUCGUGAAGCCACGGCGGCACUCCGUGAGGCGCCACAAGAGAAGGAAGAAGGGCAAGCGCAUGAGCAGCGACUUGAUGAGGGUAUCGGUCAGCUGCAGAAGGCAACAGCCAUGACCGUGUUAGGUGGAGAAAGCAAACUGCAGGAAGAGCCGGUACGCGCCCCUCCCUCCGCAUUUCCGCGCACAGUGGCGACUACGAGGGUAGGAGGUCACCACGACGGGGAUGCUCUUGUGUACAAUAUUUUUACGCAUCGUGUAGUAAAACGCUCCGCCGCGAGCGUACGAGCUUUGGGGGUGUUGGGCAUUGGUGUUUCCCACGAGUCACAGGAGCUUGACGUCGUGGAUCCCGCCGCCCUUCUUGAGUUGCGAAGCAAACUCCUCAUGAAGGCGGUGAGUUGGCCGGCGUUGUGGCGGAGCCCCCUCUUCCGACAGGUGCAGCAUGUCCUUCUGCGUACAACAGGAAGAGAAGAGGCGGGCGCGGUGGUGGAGGAGAUUCGGGGUUUAAUUCGCACACACUACCAACGAGCCAAAACUCGCAGCGGCGUGGGCGUCGUGUCAAAUGAUGACGCCGUGGGGUCCCCAGAUGGACCCCUCGGCAAUGAGUCCAGUUCGAGCAGCAGCAUGUUGCUGGAGGAACGAUUAUUUACGUAUCAGGAUUUGAAUGCAGAGCAGCAGCGUGUUGUGGAUUUUGUGCUCGAGGGGCACAACACAUACAUUGGAGGCGGGGCUGGUACGGGCAAGUCGCUGCUGCUGCGUGUGAUUAAGCAGGAGCUGGUGCGCCAGGGACUCGCGGUUGCCAUGACGGCAACGACCGGUAUUGCGGCGACACGAAUUGAUGGUGUGACGCUGCAUCACUGCUUUGGCGUGAACAUCCAUGGCGAAUGCACGCGUCGGGCAGAACUGCGCGCGUUUGACGUAAUUGUCGUGGACGAAGUUUCAAUGUUGUCGCGGGAACUAUUUGAGUCUCUCGAAUACCAACUGCGGCGGGCAAACGGUGUGGAGCUGCCCUUCGGUGGGGUGCAGGUGAUUUGCUCUGGCGACUUUUUGCAGCUUGGGGCAAUCGCCUCUUUGCCCCUAGUGCACUCCGCGGUGUUCCGACGGAACUUUGCGAUGCUUAAGCUGCAACAGUCGGUGCGUCAGUUGGGGAACGACCACUUUGUGCGACAGCUACAGGAGCUGCGCCGGGGCAUCGUCCCCCAUGACUUGCAGGACACGGUCACCCUCUUGUCACCUGGGGAGAGUAGGGCGGCCAUGAUGACGAACGACGAAUCCGCCGUAAAGCUGCUGCCCACAAACAAGGAAGUUGAUGCGAUCAACCAGACCGAGUUGGAGAAGUUGUCUGGGGAACUUGUGGUGUUCCCUGCCCAGCUCCAGUCACCGUCGCUGUCUGGUCGUUGGACGGCAACGUACAUGCUGGCCGCCCAACACGGGGACGCAAGCGCCGUAGAUAAGAAUAAAUUACUCGCGGCACUGGAACAGUAUGUGUUUGAGUUCGUGAAAAAAGUACCACAUGCCUCUAGUCUGACAAUUUCACUUUUGGGCCAGCGGCACGUUGUCCUCUACAAGUUGUUUGUCGACGCCUUUGUAUUCCGGGUACGUAUUCCGCACGAACUCAAUGAGAAGGAUGAGCAAGACCUGGCGUGCCACCUGCGCAACCUGGAAUCCUGGCUCCCGGCGCAAGGGCUGGGAGUCCAGCUGAGGGAAAUCGUGGCGUCCCCCGAAGGGCUGCACACCGACGUCGACGAGUACAGCCUGACCCUCUACGCGAAGAGCUCCACGAUGAUGUCACCGCUGGGACUCAAGAAGGGUGCAAAGGUAAUGCUUCGCACCAAUCUUUCCCCAGGUCUUGUGAAUGGCAGUCUUGGCGUCGUGGUGGGUUUUAAGGAGUUGAAACUGGAGUGCCUGCCGCGGUACCUCACUAAAUCUGGGCGGCUGGACGCCGCGGAUAGUUACAUCGAGUUCCUUCAGUACGAGCACAGCUUCCCGGUCGCUUUGGCUCCAGAAGUGGACUUUGGUGGAGGGAGAGUGAUCGUCGUUCCACCCACGACUUUUUCUGUCGGGGGAUUAUCGAAUACAAACCACUAUCACAUGGGCAUUGUGGCGUUUCCGCUGUGCCUCGCCUACGCCUUUACCGUGCACAAGGUGCAAGGGCUGACGUUGGUGGGGCGCGUGCAUCUUGAGCUCUCCCGCAUGUGGCCCUGCGAGCAUCUGUUGUAUGUUGCCAUGAGUCGUGUGCGGAACCCGGAGCAGCUGACGGUGUCCUCGUUUCACAGAGAUUUGGUUCUCUGCGCCACGGAAUGCUUGCUCUUUGAUGAGUCUCUGCCGCCCAUUGAGGGGGUGCGGGUCUUGCCACACUUUUUCCAAGCCACAUGGCGGCGUGUUCCAAGUCGACGCAAGCUGGCUCUCCGUCAAAGGCAGCGGUCGAAGAAGCACGCGAAACACGAUGACGCUGGCACGCAAAGGGCCUCUGCAAGGAGGCGAGCCAGCGUCGCUUCUGGUCGUCGUUGA